GUAUUUGUAUUCAGCGCUAGGUUUCGUUAGCUUUUUCGGCGCUAAUGUCUGCUGCAGUCCGUAGGUUAAAAAAGGAAUAUGAAACUCUUAUCAACUCAAGCAUCAAAAAUGUGAUUAGAAAUGUAACAUAUGAUGAACCGAACUUCCUAACAUGGACUGGAUUCAUAGUUUUGGACGAACCUCCCUAUAAUAAGGGUGCUUUCAAAAUUGAAAUCACUUUUCCUGUUGAAUAUCCUUUCAAACCUCCUAAGGUGAUAUUUAAAACACGCAUAUAUCAUCCAAAUAUUGAUGAGAAAGGUCAAAUAUGCUUACCAAUAAUUAACCCGGAAAACUGGAAACCUGCUACUAAAGUAGAACACGUUAUUCAAGCACUUGUUGCAAUGCUUCACGCACCGGAAGUUGAACAUGCUCUACGUUCAGAUUUAGCUGAAGAAUAUGCUAAGGAUCAAAAGAAAUUCUUCAAAAAUGCUGAAGAGUUUACACGGAAAUAUGCGGAGAAAAUUCCAAAUUUGUAAAUUUUGUAAUAACUAUUACAAAUUUUUGAUAAUCUCUUCAUGAUCACUUCAUCUUUUAUUUUGUUUCUUUUUCUUUGGUCCAACGUGAAGUAUUUUUUUGUAACUUGCACUAUUCCACUCGUAAUUAUGUUGUAUACACUGGGUUGUACACAGUUCAGCUGUAUGUUAGUUAGUGCCUGUAUUGCCAUUUUUCUUUUUGAUGUUAGGAAAGCUUUUGGCGAUGUUCAUUAGAACAGUGUACAUCACCGACAAAAGGUGUAGUGAUUAAUACAUCACUGAUCUUCAAAAAUAGUGAAAUGUCUAAAAAAAUAACGUAUAAUUUCAUUUCAUUUAAAUCAUUAUUUCAAAUACUUCUCUUGAUGCUACUAAUAUUUCAAAAUCUUUUGCUCUUCAAGCUUUUAUUCUAUUUUGACCAGUGCAUUAUGUUUCUUUAAAGUGCACAAAAAUACUUGCAUAUACCAAUGACAUGAAUGCAUAUAAUUCCAACUUAUUUCAUUGAAUUCAUAAUUCAAAGAUGCUGUUUUACAAUCAGGGUACAAACCAGUUAAAGAGUAGAAGUUAGAGGUUUUUUUAACGGUUUCUUAUUGGACCGC